AUGGACUUUGGGAUCUGUUUCGGAUGUCCUCAGGAGACAGUGUUCUGUCUGGGUAAUGUGAAAACAGAAUGGCACAUCCAGCUGACCAUCACAACAGCGGAAAGACGAACAGGACAGAAUGACCCUGCACCUCCAAAGGACGCAGGAAUCGUUCGUGAGGAAGUCUGCACUCCUUCCGACGUCCCGCAGGUGAACGAAUUGACAUUUCACGGGGCCAAGGACAGAGACACGAAACGAAAGUGGGAAGCAGCAAUCGCCGGCAGUCUUCCUGUCGUGGCAGAGGAACUGCAUGUUCGGCACGUUUGUUCGUCGCAUUUUGCCGACGAGGCGUACGUGGAAUCAGACUUAUUGCAAUUCCGUAUGGGACUGUCAGCCAAACGAAAGAGACUAAAGCCCGAUGCUGUGCCCACAUUGUUCGAUGAGCAAAUGGAAACCACCGACGUGCCGGAUGAGCAGGUGGAGAGAAGCGGCUUGAUGGAAUCUGCUUCAGGUGCGUAUGCAGGAGUAUCAGCCUCUACAAGUGGUGCAAGUGGGAGUUCAGUUCUGCAGCACAUGACAGCCACAUCAUCAGAGGAUGUUCUCGUCCUGGAUGAGCUGCCCCUUCAGCCUUUGGUUCCAUACCAGACUGUCAGCCAAUAUGGCUUUUUGUACACUUUGGUGCCACAGAAACAACGCUUGAAGGGUGGAAAGACGGCAAAUAAGAAAACACAGACAGCUGUUCCCACUGCAACACUUGCCACUCAAACAGGCAUCCUCAUGCCAAGCAGGGGAACUCAGACAGCUGUAACCUUCCCACCCACUGGUGCACUCUCCUUUACAUCCUCACAAGUUGCAGCAGAGUGUCCAGAAAGCAGUGGAGACAAAAGCGCAGCUGUUUCUUUAGCAGAGGCUUUGCUGCCACAUGAUGACGCAGCACAGCUUUGUGUUGUCCCACUGGAGCAUGCUAGCCUUUCGACGUCACCGCCUGGUGGCCGUACCUCUACUCCAGUGCCUGUGGAUUUAGACACGACGGGUGUGUCCACAUGCCCACCUGACCCAAAGGAUGUGACAUUCCAGUUGUCUGAAACCGCAGAAAGCUCAGACACUGAAGAUGAAGGAGACAAGAUGUUGCAACCACGAGGGCUUUCGAAAUCUCGUGGGCAUCAAACACCAAAUCCAGAUGAGCGAUUUUUCCUGGUGGCAGAAUCCAGUUUGAAAGAGCUGCUAACCCAGUGCCCCUAUUGUGGGACCGAUGAUGUUGACAUCAACACCACAACAAGGGGGACAUGCUUGAAAGCUGUCAUGCGUUGCAAGUGUGGGAGGGAACGGUCUUGGCACAGCCAACCUUGGCUGGGGGGCCGACCUCUGGGGAACGUCCUGGUCUGCUCUGCAAUCCUCUUCUCAGCUGUGAACAUCUCAAAAGCAUUUAGGAUGUUUGAGCUUAUGAAGAUGGCAACACUUACAAUGUCUCAGUACUUUCGAACGCAGAAGGAGCACCUCUUUCCUGCUGUGAAUGAUGUCUACCUCAUGAGACAAGCAGAGAUCCUUGACCAGCUUCGGCCACUGCCCCUGACCCUUGCCGGGGAUGGCAGGUGCGACUCACCCGGCCACACUGCAUUGUAUGGCACCUACACGCUUCUGGAGACUUCAGCCAACCGUAUCGUGCACUUCGAGUUGGUUAAGUCUACUGAGGUCAGCAGCAGCAAUGCAAUGGAAGCCUAUGGUUUACAGAAAUGCCUCGCCUUUCUCGAGGUACACGACAUGACUGUGGACACCUUGGUCACUGACCGCCAUUCUGGCAUCAAAGCCAUGCUAAGGCGACUGUGCCCACACAUAAAGCACAGAUUUGAUGUGUGGCAUGUUGUCAAAGGAGUCAAGAAAAAGCUCUUGGCUCUCAGUCGCUCAACGAAACACCAAGUUGUGCAGCUCUGGAUUGAUAGCUUGACGAGACAUGCUUAUUGGUGUCCGCGUACAAGCGGGGAUGAUGGGGACCUAUGUCUUGCAAAGUGGGUGUCAGCAGUUAACCACAUUGUUGACAUCCAUGAGCACGACAACCCAUUGUACCCGAUUUGCUACCACGGCGCACUUUCUGAACCACGACAAUGGCUCAGAGAAGACACAGAGACGUACAGGCGAGUCCAGGACAUCCUGUUGUCACCUGCACUCCUGAAGGAUAUCCCAUUCCUGUCCUCACAAGAGCAGACAUAUGGAUUGGAGGCCUUCCACAGUGUCCUCAUCCACUUCCUGCCGAAGUCCUACGCUUUUUCUGACGAGGGGAUGGUGGCUAGGACACAGUUGGCGAUCAUCCACUUCAACGAGAAUGCAGACCGUGUCCAGUUGGAGAGGGAAGGCGCGAAGCAGUACCGUCUCAAGGCAUUGAAGGUUAAGAAGACGUGGGUGGCUGUACCUCUGAAGGAGAGUGCUAGAUAUGGUUAUGCAUCAGCCUUGAUUGCUGAGGUGCUGACACGCAUUCAGGAGCACAGAAGGGAGUCUGGAGCUGUGGCAGCUCUGCCAACGCGGUCAUCAACAUAUGGUGAGAGGCCAAGCCUUACAGAAGCAGUCGUGAAGCAUCAGGCAAGGUUCCAGAAAUGAGGCUCCCACCUGCAUCACACACUGAACGUUGAAACUAAGCUAAAAAAAGGCCCUUUUCAGGGCCACCACAAGGUUUAUGCAGAGACAAGCGUUGCGUUAUGAACCCACCAAAGUGCACAUUAUUGUUUUUGGUCCAGCUGCAUACACUUUUCUGAAUUGUGUUGCUGA